AUGCUACUAAUCGUCGUGCUGGCUGUGGUGGCCAUUGCCGCCUUCAUCUACAUCAAGCUCAAGCAGCAAGCAGCCCCCGAGAAGUCACCGAAAAAGGCGUCCAAGUCAACCGAGAGUGUGAACACAGCGCUCGGAGUCUGUAGCAACAAUGCCGGGCCUUCCACUUCUACAAACACCGCUCAGCCAAUCAUAAGUGGUGUUGUAAUCCAUCCACCACCAACACAUCACGGCACCAUUGCUUCGAUGGGCAUGACGCCGGCACCGAAAAAACACGACGAUGGGGCCGAUCUCAACUCGACGCAUGAGAUCCAAUCCAGGAGCAAGAAUGCCGCUCGUCUCGGCGCUGAGCGCCUCGCCUCCUCAAAGCCGACGUCUCCAACUACAUCAACUGCCGCACAAGACGCCUCUCUACCGAUUGUCGAAGCAAAAUCGUCGACAUCACAUGCUUCAAAGAGCACAGGGCUACCCACGCAAACUACAACGACGACCGAUUCCUUGUCGACAACGGCUCCAAUUCAAUUGAGCCUUCCCAUCUCGUCGAUGUCAACCGGCAACGCUGUGACAAUAUCGCAAUUCGACACCGUUAUUCCGCCACUGCCCACCGAAAGCAACAACGAAGUCAAGAAAAGCCCAGCGAACGAGAGCCAGGCAACAGAGACGAAAAAGAAAAAGAAACAUAUCAAGGAGCCGCCGAGGAAGAUUCGAAACAGCAGCGGGAAGAGGGAAGGAUCGAAGGGUAAAAAGAAGAGGAACUCGAAGAACAGCCAGGGCAACUCCACCUCGUCAUCAUCAAACGACAAGCCACCACCAGCCGUCCCAACCGCUCAGUCCGCCGAACCAUCUCAGCCAUCACCAACCGCCGAUCCAUCUCAACCACCAUCCGUCGUGCAGAUG